UGUACCACAGACCCAGACAACUGCCGGUGGGGACCCUUCAGUCCCUGGAGCGAGUGUGAAGGCUGCAACAGCACCCAGAGCCGCUGGAGGGCAGUGGCCGAGUUUGCUCAGUUCGGGGGACAACCCUGCUCGGGACCCCGGUUCGAGGUCCGUCCGUGCCAGGCCACCAGAGGCUGCCCCGUGGAGGAGGGAUGUGGGGACCGAUUCCGCUGCCCCUCAGGUCAGUGUGUCAGCCGGAGCCUGGUGUGUAACGGGGACGAGGACUGUGAGGGUGACGGCGCUGAUGAGACGGGCUGUGGGGAACGCAGGAUGGCGUGUGACAUCGACCAGCUCCCACCACAGGCAGAGCUGACCGGCAACGGGUUCGACAUCAUCAAGGAGGAGUUUCGGGGACCCGUCAUCAACACCAAGUUUUUCGGGGGAACUUGCCGGAAGGUGUUCAGUGCGGAGAACCGGAACUACUACCGGCUGCCCGAGAGCCUGCUGCAGUACACCUUCCAGGUUCAGGUGAAGAACGACUUCAGGUUUCAGGCGUACGAGAGCAGCUGGUCCUACAUGAGGCAGACGUCCGGGGCGUAUGCGGCCUCGGGUCAGGGGAUAUUCUCCAGCUACAGCGAGAGUCACAAUACCUUCACCAACAGGAACAACCAGAAGACAAAGGAGCAGCUGUACUUGAGUGUGGAGAACGAGGUGGAGGUGGCCCAGUUCAGCGCCAGCCGGCCGGACCAGCUGCAGCUCCCCAGCGCCUUCCACCGCGAGCUUCUGCAGCUCCCGGCCGUCUACGACCACACCGCCUACCGCCGGUUGAUCGAACUCUAUGGCACCCACUACCUGCGGCGGGGAACCCUGGGUGGCAAGUACAGCCUGCUCUACAUGGUGGACAAGGAGCGGCUCAGCAAAUCAGGGAUCACUCGGGAAGACAUGUCGAAGUGUUCACAGACCUCCGUCAACUUAUUCAUCGUAAAGUACGACAGCAACAAAUGCAGACAGUACAAGGACGCCCUCCAGACUGCCUUAGGCGGGAGCACAGGGAAGGCGCACGGUCUGUCCUCCACCGUGGGCGGACGAGCUGCCUUCGUCACCGCCCUCAGCCUCAUCGACGUGAGGAACCCCCAGGCCAACAGUGACGUGUACCAGCGGUGGGCCGGCUCCAUCCCCGAGAACCCCGUCGUCAUCAAGCCACAGCUGGCGCCCCUGGACGAGCUGGUGAAAGGGGUGCCGUGCGCGGGGGUGAAGCGGCUGCACCUGCAGCGGGCCCUGACCGAGUACAUGGCCGAGGUCCACCCCUGCCACUGUCGGCCCUGCCUCAACAACGGCCGCGCCGUGGUGCUGGGCUCCACCUGUCACUGCUUCUGUCAGCCCUACACCUUCGGGCCUGCCUGUCAGAGGGGAGUCCUGGCCCGCCAGCCGGAGAGCGGGAGUGGCGUUGCGGGAGGCUGGAGUUGUUGGAGUGUGUGGAGCGCGUGUCGCGGAGGACAGAGGCAGCGGUCCAGGAGCUGUGACAACCCAGUGCCAAGCCCCGGAGGGAGAGACUGCGUGGGGGAGCGCGGGCAGUCCGAGGUGUGUCCCGACACACAGAUGGAGUACUUACGCACUGUGGAACCGCAUUGUUUUGAAGGGCAGGACAGUCCGAUUGAAGGGUGUUCAGCUCCCCCUCCGCUGGACAACGGGUUUGUUCAGGAAGCACAGAGAGUUUACACCGCCGGCACCCACGCUGUGUACACGUGUCACGCUGGCUACUUCCUGUCCGGGGGCGACGGCACUGUGAGGUGCGGAGAGGACCUGCAGUGGGAGCCCAGCAACCUCCGCUGUCUGAGGACGGUGUGCGCUCCCCCAGAGCUGGGGCCCAUGGUGAGGGUCAGUCCCAUACAGCCCAGCUACACCAUAGGCCAGGGAGUCUCGGUGUCCUGCCCCCAGAACCUGACCCUGCACGGUCCGUCCCACAUCAUGUGUGACUCCAACCUGCUCUGGAACCAGGAGCUGAGCAACAUCCGAUGUGAGGCAGUCCCUGAGGAGGAGGGCGAGCAGCUGCGACCUCAGUGUGCCCCGUGGGAGAAGCUGGUGAACUCAGAGUGUGUCUGCAAAAUGCCCUACGAGUGCAGCGCCUCUCUGCCAGUGUGUGUGACGGACACGGGGAGCGGCCGCAGGGUGCUGCUCAGCUGGUGUAAGCUGCGCUCUCUGCAGUGCCUGGGACGGGCCUUCACCUUGGCCGAGGACACCGACUGCCCGGCCCCCCAGCCCACGGACAGGGGGUGCGGAGCCUGCCCACCCUGGGAGACGUGUGACGCCCAGAGCGACCGGUGUGUGUGCGCGGAGAGGGCAGAGUGUGCAGAGCCCGGGAUUGAGUUCUGUGCCGUGCUGGAGGGGAGCGAGGGGGUGCAGACCCUCAGUGAGUGUCAGGCUGCUGUCCUGAGGUGCCAGGGACAGGGCUUCACCCUGACCGCCUCUCAGCCCUGCACUGGCCACACAUAACACCCGAGGACCCCUCCCACAGCCCAUCCAAACCCUCCCUCCCCAUUGCCCAUCCCUCCCCAAACCUCCACCUCCCUUCCCCUCCCUCUCUGUUCCCCUGGUCUACAACCCCCCUCCCCCCUUCCAAUGUACUCUCCCUCCCUUCACUGGGUACAUACUGACAUCUUCAGUCAUAAUAAACGUU